UAUCACUACCAAAUUACCUUUUUUUCAAUUUACACUUUCUUUUUGACAAUAUGACGACCGAAGAACCUCCAACCAACACAAUUCCAGAAGCACCAAAGCAAACACCAGCAGCAGAUACUUCAUCACCAGCAGCACCGACUGUUUCAGCAGGCUCACUGUUUGGCAACGUUACCUCGACAUUUUCGUCAUGGACGUCAUCUAUACAAAAAGAAACCGAAAAGGGAUUUCCGGGCACGUUCAAACGGUUCAAUGACCUUUCACAGACGCUUCAAGCAAAAGCACGAGAACUGCCGCAGAAUAUCGCCAACCUUCCAGGUUCAUUUGAGGCUGAACGAGAGAACUUUAUCAAGAACAAUGGUGCUGUGCCAAAGACGACAAAUACACGGGGUGCAGAAUUGGUUGCCCCGUGGCAAGGUUAUGGUCCAUAUGAAAAGGAAAUGAAACAACGCAUACUUGCUUUAUCAAAGGACGAACGAAACUUUUUAUUCUCGCCACCGGAGGAAACAAGUUUUCAAUUUGAUUUAAAGGCAUAUAGUCAAACCGCCAAAGCAGUUUUGCAAUAUGACGAUGAAUUAGCACGGAAGCGAUUCGAGCUUGUGCCGCAACAGGUGCAGGAACCGAUAUUUUGGAGAAACUAUUUCUAUCGAGUCACACUGGAAAAACAAGCUGUGUUGAGCUCGACGGAUAUUGAUCCAACACAGAUACAAGAAGCGGAUAAUGAUGAAGAAGCAAAACAGCAAGAGGCAAAGGAAGGAAAGAAUGAUGUGCUUUUCGAUUAUCCGAGCGAUGAUGGCGAAGAGGAUGAAAAGAAAGAAGAUAAGCAAAAGAAGUCUACUUCUACCUCUAUGGGGCCAGAGAAAACAACAGCCAAGUCACCCGCAGCUGUUGCCAAAGAGCAGAUAUCGUCAUCGUCACCAAGUAAAAAGAAAGAAGAAACCAGUAACAGCAAGACAGAGCAGAACUACGAGGAUAUGGAGGACUGGGAGCGCGAGAUGCGAAAGGUUGCAGGCGAUUCACUGUAAAAGAAGAAGGUUAGAGGAAGCAGCUGUUGUACAUAUUCAUCUCUCUCUUUCUCUUAUGUUCAAUUACUUUCAUACUAUCUUCAUCCAUACAUAUGCUUAAGCCCUCAAAGAAAAGACUUCUUCCACUUUAUAUCUUUUCUAUCAUUCUUGUGAAAUAGUAAACUAUAUUCAAUACACAUAUAUAUUAUGUAUCAAGAAGACU